AUGAGGACAACAUGUUUGAUGAAAGAGAGGGUUACCAUUUACAGUCUUUUACCUAAUAACAAGGGUAGUUGCUAUAAUUAUGAGAAUUAUGAAAGGGAUGAUAUUGAAGAUCUCGACCGUAAGCUUGAUAGACAGUUGAAGUUUCUAAGUAUGGAGGAUAUGAUAUCUAGCGAUCUGAUGGAAAUAUACCGGUUUUAUCUUAUGCUUCAAUUUGAAUUAGCAAAAGAAAAGUCUCAUUGCAUAAUUUGGAUUCCAAACAUUCAUGAUCUGGAUUGGAAUGAGUUGAAUGACUUAUCACUGAGUAUAUUAAUGAACUCUCUUUCCAGCGAUUCAGAAAAAGAAGGGGAUUCUUAUUUGUACAAAUGGUACUUCAAACUUGGAACAAGCAUGAAGAAAUUAACUAUACUUCUUUAUCUUUUGAGUUGUUAUGCCGGAUCGGUCGCUCAAGAUCUUUGGUCUCUACCCAACCUAACAAAAAAUGAUGGGAUCACUUCUUAUAGACUCGUUGAGAAUGAUUAUGAUCUAGUUCAUGGGCUAUUAGAAAUAGAAGGUGCUCUGCUGGAACCCUCACAGACAGGAAGUCGGUUUGAUAAUGAUGGCAUGGCAUUGCUUCUUCGGUCUGAACCAAGAAAUCCCUUAAAUAUGAUUCAAAAUGGGUCUUCUUCUAUAGUUGAUCAUAAAUUUCUCUAUGAAAAAUAUGAAUCGGGAUUCAAAGAAGAGGAAUGA